AUGGUUGACGAAGAUACAGAUCGUGUAGUUCCUCCUACAUACGACAGGUGCCGUUCCAGUGGAACCUCAUCGCGACUCUCCAGUAAGAAUGGUUUCUCGCUCCAGCGUUCCUUCAGCAUAUUAUCCAGAACAAAGUCCGAGGACACACUUGUAAGCGACGAUGUUGGUCCCUACGGACUAACCCUUCUCCACGAACCCCCGGAGCCCCUCAUCGAUUUCAUAUUCGUCCACGGUUUGCGCGGUGGCUCUGUGAAGACAUGGAGAAAGGAAAGCGAUGACCAAUACUUCUGGCCGCAGGCCUGGCUUCCGCAGGAGCAGAGGAUGCAGCACGCACGGAUACACACAUUUGGCUACAACAGCGACUGGGGAGAGCGCAGAGAGAGUUUUCUGAAUGUGCACGACUUUGGAAGAUAUCUGCUGGGGGAAAUGAGCACCUCGCCUUACUUAAGAUCUUCCCCGGACUCUCCGAUUGUCUUGAUAGGCCAUAGUAUGGGAGGAUUAGUGAUAAAAAAGGCUUAUAUUCUCGCGCGAAGAGAUAAAGAGACAAAGGAAUUGGCGGCGCGCAUACAAUGCCUCAUUUUCCUCGCAACUCCGCACCGGGGCGCUAGUCUGGCCUCCCUUCUCAAUAAUAUGCUUCGGGCUACUGGCGUGUUUAGUGUUAAGCCCUUUCUUGCCGAUUUGGAGAAGAAUUCGCCAGGAUUAGACAUGAUAAAUGAUGACUUCAGACAUUAUGCGGACGAAGUCCGCCUAUGGUCGUUCUAUGAGACCGUGAAACUGAACCUCGGAAUCCAGUCAGCUCUCGUCGUGGAAAGAGACUCCGCAACAAUUGGAUUGAAACAUGAACGUGUGCAGCUUCUCAAUGCCGAUCAUCGAUCCGUGUGCAAAUACGAUAGCACGCAUGACCCAAACUAUGUGGCAGUAAAGAACGCUCUUAUUGCAAUUGCCGAAGAUAUCCUUGGAGCCACAAUUACUAAACGGUUUGACGACCAAAAGCAGCAGCUGUCUGAUCUUCAGACGUACCUUGCAGUCCGCGACAAACCGAUUGACGAGCUGAAUACCGAACAAGACAUACAGGCCCCUGGCUCAUGCUCUUGGAUUCAGGAGCGACAAAGUUUCCAGACUUGGAUAGAGACUCCGCAGGGCGAAUUAUACUGGGUCCAUGCGCAGCCAGCUACUGGCAAGACAAUCCUAACUGGACAUGUCAUUACAGAGCUACUGAAUGCAGGUCAUGACUGCUGCUAUUACUUCUUUAAGACGGGACAAAAAGGGAAGAAUACAAUCAGUGCAAUGCUUCGCUCAUUUGCUUUCCAGAUGGGACUAAUGCAUCCAAUUGUGCGCUUGGAAUUGGCAAAAUCACAAGAACGCAACCCAUUUUUCGACAGAGAUGAUGAGAGAGCCAUCUGGAGAAAGUUCUUUGCCGGAGGUAUAUUAAAGUUACCGCUGGGACGGCCGCAAUACUGGAUCAUUGAUGGCCUGGACGAAUGCAUCGAUCCAACAAGAAUCUUUCCUCUUAUCUCCCGUAUCGAAAGUUCCUACCCAGUCCAAUUUUUCAUCACGAGUCGGCCCUGGCUAGAAUUCGACCGACAAUUCGCUCGCCUGGGAAAAAGAGUUAUCAUUGAUCCUAUAUCCAUUGAAAACACUAUUGGAGAUAUCAAACUGUUCAUCGAAGACAACAUGAACAGCCUUCCGGUUAAUGGGGAGGCAGAUAGAGAGCGACUCGUGCAAAAUCUGAUAGAUAAAUCUGGCGGAUGCUUCUUGUGGGCUCACCUUAUCUUAAAAGAGCUCCAAUCUGUGUACAGCGAAGAGUACAUCGAAAGAACUAUCGACGAACUCCCAACCGAAAUGAGCUCGAUGUAUGAGAGGAUUCUGCAGGAAAUGUCUUGCAAUGUUAGAGAGAAACGUUUGGCUAAAUCACUUCUCGUCUGGACGAUGUGCGCGGUCCGAUCGCUGCGAAUUGACGAACUUGCCAGCGCCAUCAAGACUGAUGCAGAUAUCAAUGUACGAAACAUAGAAAAAUCGAUCCAAGGUCUUUGUGGGCAGCUUUUGCGCACUGAUAAGGCUGGUUGCGUUCAGCCGAUGCAUAUGACUAUAAAAGCAUUCUUGACUGAUCGUUCACUACAAUCGGAGUUUGCUGUCUCGAAAGAGGCCGGGAACAAUCAAUUAGCUCUGGCAUGCCUCCGAUAUCUUUCCGGUGAAGAGAUGAAACCUCCCCGUCAUAGAACAAUCAUUAACGUCUCUCGGCCAACAAAGAGCGCCAUUGCGGACUAUGCAUGUGUAGCAUUUUCCGACCACCUUGCAUCAGCAUCCUCGAUGGACCAUGACUUGUUUCUGGUCCUCGAAAGAUUUCUUCGCACGAAUAUCCUUACUUGGAUCGAAUAUAUCGCUGGCAUCAAGAAAAAUCUCUACUAUCUCAUCAGGACUGCAAAGAACUUGCAAAAGUAUCUUCACCGACGUGCAAAACAUACACCCCCCUUUGGUGAUGCUUUCCAAUGUGCUUCUCAGUGGUCGACCGACCUGGUUCGACUGGUCGCAAAAUUCGGAGCAAAUCUGCUAAAUGUCCCAAGCUCCAUAUAUUACCUCAUCACACCCUUUUGCCCACGCACUUCAUCGAUAUAUCGUUACUUUUCCGACACUUGCAGCGGCCUCACUGUUCAUGGCCUCGAAAAUGAUUCAUGGGAGGAUUCGAUUUGCUACAUCGACUUUCGAGAACAUCGCGCAAUGUCGGUAGCAGCCGGCGACAACACGUUCGCCAUUGGCACAAAAUCUGGUCGCAUAUUCUUAUAUUGGCAAGUCACCUGCCAAGAGAGGCUGAUUCUGAACCAUGGGGAAGCCGCUCGAUGUCUUCGAUUCGACAAUAACAACCGUAUAGCUUGCGCGGGACCUCACGAAAUCCAAUUGUGGGACAUAAAUAGUCGCGAGCUACUUUGGACAUACGUGAUGAAGGACACUCCAGUAUUGCUGCAAUUUUCCGGAUCGGAUGAAGUUCUCAUAGCAGCGACAAGACAGAGCCAUGCAGUAAAGAUUGACUGUAAAGAUGGUUGCGUUGUGUCUGAUCAGGCCUACCCGAAUAGACAAGCACCGCUCGACAUCGCUAUAUCACCCGAUCAAAGCAUAAUUGCCUUUGCUUACCGAGGGAAACCCGUGCUUUUGUGGAGUCUAGAUAACGAUCGCCUCUUGGGAGCUUGUGGUGGGACUGCUGGUGCCGAAGCGCAAGCUAUGAUAUCUGACACUUCUCCCGAGAAGGUGAUCUUCAAUUCGAAUCCCGCAGUAGAACUGAUGGUGGUAACGUUUCAAAAUGGUAGUAUGGUGUUGUAUGAGACUUGGAAUCAAAGAGCUGUCAAAGCGGCUCAACAAGACUGUCACUACCUGGCAUGCUCCCCCGACGGACGAACCCUUGCUACUGGCUCAAGCUGGGGGUACAUCGGUCUUUGGGAUUUCGAAACAUUAUCCUUGUUAUAUCAAAUUAACACUCGUGAAACUCUCGGGAAAGCCUUGUCUUUCACUGGAGAUGGCACACGUAUCAUCGAACUGAAAGACCGGAAAGCCAAGAUAUGGGAACCGGCUGCCCUGGUUCGCAAGGUCGUUGAAGAGGAGUCCAAUAUCAGUGAAUCUGUCAGCAUGCCACCACUUCUCGUUGGGACCGGGAACGACAUUGUGCCAAUAACAUCUACUCGAGUACACUCUAUUGAGGAAGUGAUAUUGGUUGGAAAAGAUGAUGGUUCGAUGAGUCUGUACUCGUCUGUGAACGGUCAAAAGAUGACAGACCUGUAUAGCCACAAGCAGGACAUCUUUGUUCGGUAUGUUGCUGUUGGUCCUGGAAGAAUGGUUGCUUCAGUCGAUGCUAGCAACCGGGUGCUCGUGUAUGAUAUCGAAAUGAGCACCAAUGAGAGCAGCGUCUCGACCCAACGACUCCUGCUUGACUCAAAGUUCGAUGAUAGUGUUCAACAAAUUGUUUUCAAUGAGACAGAAGAUAAGUUGCUGGUCUCCACGACUUGUCGCGACUAUCUUUUCGUUCGGAUAACGAAAGAGCACACUUUCAAGCACGUCACUGUGAUAGAGGCAUCGGCUCGCACACUAUGGAGAUGGCUCUCCUCUAUCCGUGUUCCGGGUACUAUAGUACUUGUGACUGAUUGCAUCAUUCGGCGCUAUGCGUGGGACACCCUAGAGGUGGUUCAUACAGGUCAAUCUGAUACCAGAAUAGACGUUGGAGCGACAGCCUUGACGGGAGCAGAUCUAGCUUUCAAGAAUCUUGUGACGGACCACCGAGGAUCAUUCCUGAUUGCAGAGUUUGCUCACAAGCUGGGGAGCAAAGCAACCGAAAGAUUGGUGGUAUGGCGUACAUCCUCCAUGGUGACGCAAGUUCCAUCGCCAGGGAGCGGUGGCGCAGACGCCACGUUGAUACUGACAUCGAAGGACAUCAACCACUUUCUGGGAUGUUUCGAACAGCGUAUAGUGUUCCUGGAUCAUAAUCUCUGGGUCUGUUCGAUCGACCUAUCGCAGCUACAUGGCACACAGUCUAGUCUUGAUGGUCUCAUCAAAAAGCAUUUCUUUAUUCCGCGUGAGUUCGUCGGUGGCAAUGAAGGUAACAUGGGGUCUGUAACUCGCCGAGGUAGUAUUGUCUUUCCAAAAGAAGGAGAAAUUGCAGUCGUGUCUAAUGGACUACAAUGGACACCUUAGUAUUACAGCUCGGUAUAUAUAGAGCUACGUAAUUACCUCUACAUCCUCGUAGAACGAGACGGUAUGUAUACCACGAAUAGCACGCUGUAUUAGGUCAAGGAAGUGCGCAUACGUAACGGUAAGAGAUAGACUAUACACGCCUGAUAUCUAUUAAGUGGCUUGAUACUAUGGAUAGAAAGCAGGUACAUAAUAUCCAUCGCCUGUUUCGCAUAGCUCUCCUGGCUAUCACGUGCUUGACAAGGAUUGAGGCUACAGUGCCAUAUCCAAUCCAAGUAGAAUCUAUUACAUUACUUUCGGUCCAGACGAGAGCACAUGCAGACGGUCAGCUAGUGGUAUUGUUGUGUUAUGAUUUUGCACAAUAGCGAUUAUCGACGAAAGUGAGAAUACACCAUCGGACGAAGUCCAUCACUAUAUAUCAUU